AUGCGCGAGGUCCUUGAGGCCAACGAUGACAAUAUUGCCAAGUUUCUACCUGGCGCAGUUCUAUGGAUGGAACUAUGUCCUUACGCGCUCCUCAAGGGCUGCGUUCUCAAAGGAGACGAACAGCAGUCAGGACAGUCGUCACUGAAUCUUGGGACCCUUCCGCAGGAUCAAUGCGUUAAUAAUGUCGGAUUCAGCAUGGCGCGGUGGUUGAUUUGGAGACGUCGCUUCCAGAAGCUCAGCCGUCACGCCGAUACUUCACUUGCGCAACUUGCCAAGAAGGGAUUCAUGGCUAUGAUCCACCGCGGCCGAGAUGUUGAUUACAGUGUCCCAGGUGAAGACGUAUUUGCCGAAAGGUUACAGGCUACCAUGUGGACUGAACUCGUCAAGAGUGGAAAGGAAAGCCUGGAUGGUGAUGAUGUCGAUAUCGACACCAAUUGGGUUGAUGGGCAGAUCGAGUGA